AGUAAUGGGAUGGAUCUCGAAAACUGGAUGGGAUGUAUAAAAGAGGAGAUUAAAGAUAAGAAGUUGAGUGAGAUUGUUAUACCUGGGAGCCAUGACUCUGGGAGUUACUGUAUCAACCGCAAGUCAAAGAGAACAUACCUCUUACCGAACUUGUUUUGCCUGAACCCUGUUGUUGACAGAGUCGGAUCAGUUUGGUCCAGAACUCAAGACUAUUCCAUUGCUGACCAACUAAGACUAGGUGUCCGGUACAUAGACCUACGAGUGUUCCUGGACAGUAACACCAACACAAAGUAUCUGGUGCACGGGUUUGAGGCAGGAGAGCUACUGGUAGAGUUGGAGAGUGUUGCGGAGUUUGUUGAGAACCAUCCUGAGGAGAUUGUUAUCCUGGACAUGAACCAUAUUUACAAGUGUGCUGACUGUAACAUAUGCAGUAUGUUGGUUAAAGUUGAGGAAAUGUUUGGAGACAAGCUGUGUCCACCACCUCCACAAGAUGCUAGUGUACAAACGUACGGUGAAAUGAUACAAUCAGGUAAACGUGUUAUCAUAGCCCUGACGGAGGAGCCGGAAAUGUUCACUUCAACCUACAAGCACAGUGAGGUAAAGUGCCAGUUUGACUGGGUGUGGAGUAGCGAGAGUCACGUGGUGUCCCCGUGGGCUGAUACGACUGAUGUUUCUUAUCUUAAAGAUUUCUUGGAGAUAACGAUGUCACGAGAAAGAGCCCCAGACUCACUCCACGUGGCACAAACAAUCCUAACCCCUAAAACUGGGGACACUUUACACGGAAUAUACAAGUCUCCUCGCAACCUAAAACAGAUGGCUGACUUGUUAACUCCACAUCUACCAGCGUGGUUUGAGGAUUUCCAGAAAAGGCUUAAAUUGAACAUUGCAAUUGUUGACUUCCUGACUCCGUCCCUUAUUAAUCUGCUGGUAAACCUCAACUUAUCCUGAACUUAAUGUUAACGUGGUCAGAUGUUAACGUGGUCACUGGUCAGAUGUUAACGUGGUCACUGGUCAGAUGUUAACGUGGUUAAAUGUUAAGUGUUAUCGUUGUCAGAUGUUAACGUGGUCAGAUGUUAAUGUGGUCAGAUGUUAAAGUGGUUAAAUGUUAACGUGGUUAAAUGUUAACGUGGUUAAAUGUUAACGUGGUUAAAUGUUAACGUGGUUAAAUGUUAACGUGGUUAAAUGUUAACGUGGUUAAAUGUUAACGUGGUUAAAUGUUAACGUGGUUAAAUGUUAACGUGGUUAAAUGUUAACGUGGUUAAAUGUUAACGUGGUUAAAUGUUAACGUGGUUAAAUGUUAACGUGGUUAAAUGUUAACGUGGUUAAAUGUUAACGUGGUUAAAUGUUAAUGUGGUUAAAUGUUAACGUGGUUAAAUGUUAACGUGGUUAAAUGUUAACGUGGUUAUAUGUCAACGUGGUUAAAUGUUAACGUGGUUAAAUGUUAACGUGGUUGAAUGUUAACGUGUUCAGAUGGUAACGUGGUCAGAUGUUAACGUGGUUAAAUGUUAACGUGGUUAAAUGUUAACGUGGUCAGAUGUUAACGUGGUUAAAUGUUAACGUGGUCAGAUAUUAACAUAGUAUGAUGAUAACAUAGUAUGAUGUUAACAUUGUGUGAUGUUAUGAACAUCAACAGAAUUAAUUUAAUAAACAUGAACUUUAGGACGUUCACAUACUUAAUUGUACAGCCUAAUACAAUCUUUAUUUCUUAUUCCAUUGGUUUUAUACAUUUUUUAGAUUUCACCAAAGCUGAUAACGAUGUAUUUUAUAAUCUGUUGAGACAAAUAACAGAAAUUUAAGACAUUAUGUUAUACAGUUACAGCAGUAAUGUUAUUAAGUUGGGAACUUUGAUGUUUUCAUUUACAACUUAAAUUUUUGACCUUUCACAUAAAUAUAUAAUGAAAUUGUGAUAAAAUGUUUGAGUGGUUUGAUAUUUGUCUUUAGCAAUACUUUCUCGUUUUAAUGGUUUUAGUAUAUUAACAACAAAACCGAAUAGUGUGAGACAGUGACCAGUAUUAUUAUUCUAUUAAUAGAAACUUAUGUUCGUAUAUAUAAUAUAAUUACUACUUUUAAGUUAAGAUUGCGUUAUUUCAAACCGUUUUUACAGUUUUGCUUUACUUUGAACAUAUAAUAAUUCGAGCUUUUUAUUUUACUUUACCUUGUUUCCUUUCCUAUUCCCGCGGGUACCUGAUACAUUGUUUACAGACACAAGUUAUUUGUUGUAAUUGAAUUUCACCGUUCUUCGAAGUUUAUUA